AGAGCGCGAGACGAUCUCAUCGGUGUCACCGAUGCAAUCCAAUGGUUCGCCAGCGACGAGUGAGCGCAAGCCACUGCUCGCAAGGCAGGCAAACGCCCCAAGAUCCAAUUUCGGCAGCGCCGCGAUACGGUUCCCACAAGCUGCGCAGCGCGAUGCUGUGCCAACCGGCGCACCCGCUGCUACUGCCGGUACUGAUCCCAUCGGACCGCGUGAGUCAGGAUCGCCUCGCCGAUCGCAACUGCAAGUCAGACCAAAGAUGACGAGGCCUAAUUCGCGGGUCUAUACACCUUUGCCCAUGCCGCCGCCGCAUCCGCCCACACCCUGGGAAGACGAGCAAGCAACAGCGUCACAAUGGGUCACCUAUCUCGUUCCGACAUGGCUGCUGCCCGCCUCUAUGCGACCGAGUGCACGGGUCGAUCUAGAAGCUUCGCGCGCGCAGGACUAUAUAAGUCAAAGGAGCGCGCCGGGCGAUGGUCAUGCGAUUGCCGAACAGCACGAGCGCCUGCCGGGUCUGCCAAAGGUGACGAGAGAAUGUUUGGCGGCAGAAAUCAAGUGCUAUGGUCGAUACAUAGUGCCUGUCUUGUUGAUCUUUGGCGUUCUCGCCAUCGGCUUACUGCUCAUGAUGACGAACUUCAUCGAACGCAAGCGCCAUGAGCAGCCAUAAGUGCUCAGAUUGACGACUGUUGUUGUGUUCCCUUUGCGCAAUGCAAGCAUGUGGUUGCUGUGGAG